UCAUGCUCAGCCGUGUAAGGUCAAUAACUCAAUCUUAUCCCCAGAAAGCGACCUCGUCAAACCACUGGUGCACCAACGUCCAAGUAGUUUUAGUAUACUGUUGUUCCUUCAACUCCACGUUCGAAGCCUUAAACUACACUUCUAACCCAGAUCUCUUCUUCCUUGGCUUGCCCUCUUCCUCCAGAUUACCCGGACGACAGUGUAUUGAGAGAAUACAGUAUGUCGAAGUCUAUCAAAGUCGAAUACAUGGGGUGGGAAGAUGA